CAUCCAUAUCCCCUAUCAAAAAAAAAAAAACUAACAUCCAUAUCAAGCAAUCCCAUACCUUUCCUACCCUUUACCAAUACUAGCACCAUGCUCUUCCAAAUCCUGCUCUUUGUAGCUUUCUAUGUCUUCACAAAGCACUUUCUCUCAAAGCUUCAAAACCUCCCACCAAGCCCCUUCCCUACUCUCCCAAUAAUUGGCCAUCUCUACCUUCUCAAAACCAAGAAACCUCUCCACCAAACUCUCUCCAACCUAUCAAACAAAUACGGCCCCAUAGUUUUUCUCAACUUCGGCUCUCGACCAGUCCUCCUUAUCUCUUCUCCUUCUUUAGCCAAAGAAUGCUUCACAAGACGCGACGUUGUUUUCGCCAACCGGCCACGCAUGCUCGCAGGAAAGCACCUUGGUUACAACAACACCAGCCUCAUUUGGGCUCCAUAUGGUGAACACUGGCGAAACCUUCGCAAAAUCGCUUCCCUUGAAAUACUCUCAUCCCAUCGUGUCCAAACUCUUUCACACAUACGCAGCCAUGAAGUUCACUCACUCAUUCGCCGCCUCCUAAGCCAAAAAGACCAGCCUGUGGACAUGAAAGCGUUGUUCUUUGAACUAACACUCAACGUGAUGAUGAGGAUGAUAGCUGGGAAGCGUGAAGUGGAGGAAGGGAGGAAGAUUAGGGAGAUUGUGACUGAGACUUUAUUGUUAGGGGGUGUGACGAUUAUGGAAAAUUAUUUGCCAUUUUUGAGGUGGGUUGGGAAUAGAGGGAAAGAAAAGAGGUUGAUAUUGGUGAAGGAAAAGAGAAAUAGUUUUAUGCAGAGUUUGAUAGAGGAGCAUAGAAGAAUGGGAUCAAGUGAGGGAGAGGAGAAAACAUUGAUUGAAGUUCUGUUGGCUAAGCAAGAAUCGGAACCUGAGUACUACAAGGAUGAGAUUAUCAGAGGCAUCAUGCUGGGUUUAUUAACUGCUGGAACCGACACUUCAGCUGGAACCAUGGAGUGGGCAAUGUCGCUAUUGCUGAACCACCCAAAAGUCCUAAAGAAGGUGCAAGCCGAGAUUGACAAUGUUGUAGGACAUGAUAGGCUAAUUGAUGAAGCAGAUUUGGCCAAGUUACCUUAUCUCCAUUGCAUUGUAAAUGAGACAAUGCGUAUGUACCCUGCAGGACCAUUACUUUUACCACACGAGUCAUCAGAGGAUUGCAUGGUGGGUGGUUUCAAAGUCCCAGGUGGCACUAUCCUACUGGUUAACAUUUGGGCCAUACACAAUGACCAUAAAAUUUGGGAUGAGCCAAGGAGUUUCAAGCCAGAGAGAUUUGAAGGGUUUGAAGGGGGUAGAGAUGGGUUCAAGUUUGUGCCUUUUGGGUCAGGGAGGAGAAGGUGUCCUGGUGAAGGGUUAGCCAUGCGUGUUGUUGGCUUGGCUUUGGGUUCACUGUUACAGUGCUUUGAGUGGGAUAGGAUUGGUGAAGAAAUGGUGGACAUGAGUGAAGGGAGUGGGAUCACCUUGCCCAAGGCUCAGUCAUUGUUCGCUAAUUGUCGCCCACGACCAGCUAUGGCUAAUCUUCUUUCUCAUAUCUGAACCAAUUUAGCAUAUGCUUUGGAGGAAAUUAUUGCACUAAAAGUACUUAAUAUGUCGUGAUAAUCAAGGAAUCUAUCAAUAGGUUAGAUUAGACAACUGCUUGUCCUUGUUAGACAUACUUCUCCAUUGCCUAUAUUUGUUAUUUUCGUAAUUUCAAAAUUUUAUGCCA